AUGUCUGGCAUUCGCAAGUAUGCAGGCCUUCCUGACUUGGAUCUUGCACCAGAUAUUUACGAAACUCCUGAAUUGACUGACGACAACUCCACUAUUCCUACUUCAACACAAGAUCGCCCCGACUCUUCAUUGUCCGCAGAUGACCCUCUAGGAAAUGGUGAGAAUGGAAUUGACCGGCAACGAAUUGACCAGAAUGAUGCGCGCACUCACUUUCUAUCUGGUCAUGAGCGGGACCCACGAAUAUUCAGUAGAGUCAGCGAGAAGCGAGAGUCUCAUCAAGCAUCUAGACAAAGACAUCGUAAAGCUGGUGAGGAUAUAAUCAAUGAAAUUGCUGGAUCAGAUAGUGAGGAUCAGGAAAGCCUCGACAGACGACUUGCAAGAUUACGUAGAGAGGUCGCUGAGGUGAAAAACGAAAUAGAGUCUCAGAAGGACCAGGCAGACUAUCCGUCAGAUCCUCAAACAGCAGCCGCAAUGGCAGAUGCCGAGAGUAUCUCUACAAUUCUAGAAACCAUCAAGUCCCAAGUAGGAGGCUCUGAUCAAUCUCUCACGUUUAGGCAUUUGCAACGCUUGGGCUCAACGUCAAUCACUCCAGAAAAGGCUGGCAAGAUACGGCUUGGGGUUUUCGCUCCAGAAGAUAUCCAGUCGAGUUCCUUAGGCGCAGAUCACGAUGAGGAGCAGAGAAUCGCCGGAAUCAUUGACACGGACGCACGACUCAAAUUGCUGGAAGACGCUCUUGGCAUCGAAUCUUUACCUCUAGGGACGCAAAGCCAGGCUUCUAAGAAGACUUUGCUUCCAACUCUGGAAUUUUUGGACAAGCAAAUCCGUAUAUUAUCCACGUCUAGCGAAACCUCGAUGAGCCAGGUAGAAUCAAGGAUGAAAGAACUCUCGCGGGAGGCCGUGGCCCUAGAGCAGAACAGGAUCCAGGCACGAAAGGCUUUGGAGGCUGUCAGCCCAUCCGAUCCAAAGCAUAGAUCAUUGAUUGCCAAUCCCAGUGACGCCGAUAAUUAUGAAAUGAAAGACUCGGAACAAGCAUUCAAAAUCAACGCUCUCUUUGGGACCAUUGACACCAUUGAGUCUCUGGCUCCGAUACUACCGUCUGUGCUUGAUAGACUGAGGUCGUUACAAGACCUGCAUACCAAUGCUGCCACUGCAAGCCAGAUCCUAAGUUCGAUCGAGAAGCGGCAAGAUGACGUGAGAGAUGAAAUUCAGACUUGGAAAGAGGGAUUGGAAAGGGUCGAGCAAGCUGUUGUUCAGAGCCAUGAGACCUCGAAAGAAAAUACUGAUCUGAUCGAAAGAUGGGUCAAAGAGAUAGAACAGAGGAUGACAAAGUCAGGGUGA